CAUCCUAAAAUUUUCACGAUGUCUUCAAUUCCUGAAACUUCCACUGAGCCUCCGAAACUCUCCGAUGCUUUUCGCAGCCACCCUUUCCACCUCCGUCACGAAUAUCCCGACUUGACUUCACUAAGGGAAUUACCAGACUCGUACGAUUGGACUGAUCAGCACUACGUCGUUUCAGCUACCAACGGUGACUCUGCCGUCUACGAGCCCGUUCCGGUCAUCGAUCUCGAAGACCCGAAUGCUCAGGAACUCAUCGGCCGUGCAUGCAAAACUUGGGGAGCUUUUCAAGUUAUAAAUCACGGCAUCCCCACUUCCCUUCUCGAUCACGCUGAGUGUAUUACUAGAGAUCUUUUCUCUUUACCCGUUGAACAAAAGCUUAAAGCUUCUCGUUCUCCAGAUGCUUUUACAGGCUAUGGUUUGGCGAGAAGUAAUUCAUUUUUCUCCAAGAUUAUGUGGUCUGAAGUGUUCACUAUCAAUGGAUCUCCACUCGAUCAUUUUCGCCAACUUUGGUCCCAAGAUUACACCGAACGCAGUGAUGUGAUGGAAGAAUAUGAAGAGGAGAUGAAAAAGUUAGCAGCAAAACUAAUGUGGCUGAUGCUGGCUUCACUAAACAUAACAAAGGAAGACAUUGAAUGGGCCGACCGGAAAGCCGAAAUCCCAGACCGGUCUGCAGUUUUACAACUGAAUUAUUACCCGGCUUGUCCGGACCCGGACCGGGCCAUGGGUAUGGCCGCCCAUACAGACUCCACCAUUCUCACUAUUAUUUACCAGAGCAACACCAGCGGAUUGCAGGUCCUAAACGAAGGAACCAGCUGGGUCACUGUCCCCGCCAUUCCCGGUGGGCUGGUGGUGAAUGUAGGCGACUUGCUUCAUAUAUUAUCCAAUGGGUAUUACAUAAGUGCACUCCACCGAGCUUUGGUGAACCGAGACAAGGCUAGGUUUUCCAUCCCCUACUUCUAUGGGCCACCGCCGGAGGCUCAAGUCUCGCCGUUGCCGAAGCUGGUAAGCCCAAAAGAUCCUCCCCGCUACCGGGCUGUUAAUUGGACUGAAUUCCUUGGCAUCAAAGCUAAACAUUUCAACAACGGGUUGUCUUCAAUCAGAAUUUGUACUUCUCAGACUGAUUUGGUCGCUGCAAAUGGUGAUGAUAGUAAUGCAGAAGUGGCUUAG